CAUAGGUUUUGAGAGCGGGCGGCCACCAUGGCUGCAGCUUCAUCCACCACUCUAAACACUUCUUCUCUCUCCACGCAUUCUCACCACCUCAAAAACCUAAAGAAACCUCUCUCUAAACUCAAAUCGCAAUUUCUUCCAAACCCCGGUUUCUUGCUCAAGUCCUCUCUCUCUCUAGAAUUAUACCGCCGAAAAUGGAGGAACAGAGGAAAUGGGUUGGCAAUUACAGCUUACAUGGAGAGACCCAAUUCGUUUGGGGGCUUUGUGAGAAACGUUGUCGGCUCUCUCCCAGUUGUGGGGCUCUUAGCGAGGAUUUUGAGUGAUGAAGGAGGAGUAGGAGGUGAUCUUGUUGAUUUUGCAGAGUUUCGCAGACGGGUGGGAAAGAGAUGCAGUAACAUUGAUUCUCAAGCUUUCUAUGAUUUCAAAGAGCGGCGAGGCCGGGCAGGAGACCCUCUGUAUGUUCUCCUGUGCUGCUGGUUGCCUGCCGUAGGUGCUGGCCUCCUCAAAUCGGAGGACAUUUUGAGUGGGGCUGCUCGGCUUCGCAUAUCUAACGAUAUAGAAUUCGAGGAGGAGACGUUCUUUGCCAUGAUGAAUGAAGCAAAAGAGAGAAGAGAUAAGCUGAAAUCUGCAAGUCCAGAAAUUCCAAUGGCUCUCAGGGCUGAGAAAGCAUUGGAAACCAUAUAUGUUUGCUGUUUUGGUAAGGACUUAAUUGAAGAAGAAGACGAGAAACUAUUGUGUAUCAUGCUUAAUGCAGUUUUUCAAACUGUUGGGCAAGAAGAGAUUAAUAGGAUGGUGAAUUUGAAGGCUAAGCAAGCGGCUGAGAAUAAGGAACAAGAGCCUUCAGAGAAGCAGCAGACUUUGUCAAACGAAGCUAGACAAUUACAGUUGAAGGAACUCGAGUUCCUAAAACAAAACAGCGAAAGCUUUCAGUAAAUUUGAACCAUUUUAAAAUUUGAACCAUUUUAAAGUGUCUUGUGAUUAUCUCAGGUCAGGUCUAUACACGUCAUGUAUGCUAGAAUGGAACAGAUUAGUUUUGAAUGAUAUUCCAGAGUGUAUUUGGUCUCUUGAAUCUGAACAAGUGGAAAUUAUGACUUAUUUGGUUUGUAACACACAAAAGUUGUCAGUCGCCCAAAAGAAAUGGAGCUUAGGUUGGUUACUUUA